ACUCGCAUCAGUCCUUAACAAAAACUCUCCUGACUGUCUUACGCCCGCAUUGCAAGCCAAUUACUGCCUAACUCGAGGCUGAUAAAUUCCGAACAAUGUCCACCGUCGAUUUGGCCAACCUCUCCCUCUUCCCUGCUGCGCGCGAUCAAAUAAUUGAGUCUCGUAAACGAUCCUUUGUGCAAUGGAACAGGGGGCUCCCGUUGGAGCAGUAUCUUCAACUUCACACAGUAAUGGAUAAUUAUGAACAUGCUCGCGACAAACUGACCACCUGGGUUCUCGCACCUAGAACUGAUCCACAGACGCUAGAUUUUAUGUGCUCGUGCGAAACGUUCCGAAGACCUGCGAUCGUCUGCAGAUCAUCCCAGAAUGGUUCACAAACUGAAGACACUGUCGGAUAUGGAAUCGCAUCUGUCUUUACCCCAGUAUCGAAGCGAGGUAAAGGUUAUGCAAAGCAUAUGAUGCGGUUGCUUCAUCGGGUGCUUGCCCCGCGAUCAGCUUUACCGGCUUUCCCGGAGGCAUGGGGUGCUCCCCCGGAGGUUCCACCUUCAAUGGGAAAUGCCCGAUUCUCCGCCCUGUACAGUGACGUUGGACCGGAGUUCUACCGUGUUUGCAGCCCCGAUGAGUCCACUGGUGAAGGAUGGAUUGUACGAGAUGCCAAACAGACUAGAUGGGAUGUGCAGUCGAAUGACUUCAAAGCAUCAAACAUGGAUGACUGGGUAUGGUUGUCCGAGGAACAGGUCGAUCACUUGUGGCAGAUGGAUGCAAAAAUUAUGGAACAAGAAGCUACCGCCCUUGUCCUUUCCCAGGAUCAGAGAGUCGCGUUCUCGUUUCUUCCCACUGAGGGCGUCGGGCUAGUCAGUAUCCGCCGGACAAUGAACUUCGGUCCUGAGCUCUCACCGAUCCUACCUGCAAAAACGUGGGGUGUCCAAACUCCUGAUGGUGGAGAGGCAUACAUUCACGAUGGUGUGAAGGCCUUCGCAACUUGGACCUUAGAGCUCCGUGGACAACCCAAGGUCUUACAGGUCACUCGCAUCAGGACAUCCGAGGAGUUGUUCCCCAGCUUGCUUACCAAGUUGCUUGAUGCAGCGAAGGGGGCAGGGGUGGAUCAACUGGAAAUUUGGAAUUUACCUAGAGACUUGGAACCGGUCGCAGCCGUGCACGGGGGCAUAACUGUUUCGAGAGAUGACCACCUUCCAUCCUUUAAAUGGUAUGGACCGGAGCGGCCAGAGGAGCUAGUUUGGUUGUUUAACGAGAAAUUUGCGUGGUGUUAGGAGAUUAUAUAAAUAGACACUUCUGGAGCAC